AUGGCCGACACACCUGCGCUCCGGAAGCGUCUCCUGCAAGAUAUCCGCGAGAUCCAAGAGAGCCCAUACCCAGGUAUCGCCGUCCACCUCCAAAAUGACCAGCUCACCAAAGCAUGCCUGGUGCUCUCUCCAGAAGGCGAACCGCCACUUCACCUCACAAUACACUUUCCAGCAUCCUACCCACUCAGCCCACCUCGUAUCAGGAUCGAGAGCGCAGUCACUCACCCGAAUGUCUUCGACGACUUCAUUUGCAUCAACAUCCUGGAUGACAGAGAAGCUUACACACCUGCUUACUCACUGAAGGGAAUCUGCAUACAGAUGCUGAGCUUCUUCGCCAGCGACCAUGUGGAGCAGAUGUAUGGUGAGAACGGCGGAAUCGUGGAUCGGAAGCAGUGGCAAGCGGGCGGGUGGAAGAGCGAUCCCUACCGUCGACGUGAGGAGGAGGACAACUUCAAGUGCGACCAGUGUGGCUUUGGGCAUGACGCGAGUCCCCAACCCAACAGCACGCCACCACAGGACGACGCGGAUCAUGCUACUACCGAGAUCGCUGCCGUGGCGGGGAUCGAGCCGGAGGGUGCGAACGACGAGCCAGCAGAGAAGAAGAAAGAACAGACGCUCUUCCUGGUCAACCUACCACCUGACAUCCUCCUCCUUUUCUGCGAUCGCCUUGACGAGCAAUCACUCCUUCUGGCGGCUCGAGCAUGGAACGGCUUUGGUCGUUUGAUGCGCGCUUACAACAUCAUGCGCAAUCGAGAGCUGCAGUGCUUCACCUUCAAGCAGGGCUACCAGGAGCUCGACUUGGGCAUCGGCGUCACCAUCGAUCACACCCGUCAAGGUCAACCCAUCGCCUCUGAGUUCGACAUCCUCUCGCGCAUGGCUUACGAACAACAUGGAGUGCGUCAGUCGAUACAAGGCCUUCGCUUCGACUACUGGCUACCACUUCCUCUUGCACACAGCCACUGGAACCGUGUGCGUGGAGAGGUGGACGAGAGACUCCAGGCGAUCGCGAAAGCAAAGAACAUCAACGGAACACUCGACAAUGUCAUCUAUGCUUUCAUGAACGACAUCGUCGUGCGCCUCUCACACACUGCUGGAGACUAUGAACAGCCUCGCGUUCGCCUCUUCGGUGACGGAGAAGCACCCAAAUCGACCUUGACACAUGCUUCAGAAAAGGCGAUCGAGAGCUACUUUCACCUCUUCCACCUGCUUGUCUGCCUCGCUACAGAACGCAACCUCUGGGCCACCCGCGCCAACGACGCUAUCAAGAACUUUCUGGCAGGUCGCUGCGGCAAACAGGACUGUCCAAAUCUCGGCUACCUCUUGAUCAUGACCCUCAUCAGCGACGCCGAAGAUUCUGAGGAGCUCAAUCGUGCUAUCAUCAAGGAGGCCAUCACCCGCAACGUGGUCUGGAUGCUCGAGCCUGAACCCAAGGGUCGCGGCAUGGUCGAGCUGAGCUUCAUGGAGACGUCUACCAUCUCGAUGUACCGUCUCGCCAAGACCUUCGAAGCCAGCAAGACCAGCUACCGCCUCAUCAUGUUCCUUAACCUGAUGCGCAAGGUGGUCCACACCGUCCGCCACGAGAAGCAGAAGGACGGCACUAUCAAGAAGCUCAACCUUGCCGAGCUCCGCACCGCGCUCUUCGAUCGACAUGGUGCACCGCCAAAUGGUGCUGCUGCGGUCCUUGCGAAGCGUGUCCAGGAGAUCCAGAAGGUGAAUGACUUCCCGAACUUCUUGACAAAUAUGGGGAUCCGACCUCCAUCUGCGUCGAACUUUACCACUUUCUUGCGCGAUACUGUCAAGGCGAGUAUGGACAAGGGGUACAGCAAGUGGGCGCUCACUCAGCCAGAGGCGCUGUACUACCGUCAGAAGAAGGAGCCGCAGGUGGAGCGUCCGGAGGGUAUGAGAGCACAGGAGCCGCGACUUGGUCGGUUCAGCUUCUUCGCUGGUCGUGGUGGCGGACAGGGUGGUGGUCGAGGCGGUGGUGGCAGAGGAGGCCGUGGAGGCGGACGUGGAAGAUACUAG